GGCAGCUGCCUUGCUUUGCUGGAGAAGCGUUGGUAACAUGGACAUUCGAUGAAAACAUAUCGGAUCUAGGGGAGAGAAAAUGUGUAUAAAUAACGACACAUUUGGUGUUCAUUUUCACUUUAGGGAUCCGCCGUUCCAGCGACGCUUCAAAAUGAGAACCUUCACCGCCACAGUCCUGGUUGCAGCCGCCUGCUUCUUGGUUUUUUCAGAUGCCCAGACAACUGUUAAGCCAACCACUAGCACAAAGCCAACCACUACCACCACUAAGCCGACUACUACCACGAAGGCAACCACCACCACGAAGCCAACCACCACCACGAAGCCAACUACUACUACGAAGCCAACUACUACUACGAAGCCAACCACCACCACGAAGCCAACCACUACUACGAAGCCAACCACUACCACGAAGCCAACCACCACCACGAAGCCAACUACUACCAGCACUAAACCGACUACUACUACCACGAAGCCAACCACUACUACAAAACCAGCAACAACUACGAAGCCAGCGACUACUUUGAAGCCAACCUCGCCUGGAUCAACUCUUACUCCUUCUCUUGGUACCAAUUAUUGCAACAUUAGUACAUGCACCGUGCCGACCAAUAGGCCUAACACGCUCUGCCUUUAUUCGAACACUAGUUGGGGAUCGGCUUGCCAACCGGCCUAUCCAGCAACAUCGAACGUCAGCGCUGCAGAUGUCGUCACCAUUUUGACAGCUCACAACGAUUUCCGACGUAAAGUUGCGAAGGGACUUGAGACUCAAGGAAGUCCAGGUCCGCAACCUCCCGCAUCCAACAUGAGAGAGUUGAAAUGGGAUCAGGAACUUGCUGUCAUGGCUGCAGCCCACGCCCAACAGUGUGUAUACAAACACGACACUUGCAGAGACGUUCCUCGUUUUCAAGUGGGUCAGAAUUUGCACAUUGGCGGGUCUUCCGCCGACACCCUUGGCACUUCAGACUGGACUGCAGCAGUAACCGAUUGGUACAAUGAAGUAAAAGACAUGAACACCACUUAUGUCACGAGCUUUCCAUCAAGCUCACCAAAGGAUAUUGGACACUACACGCAAGCAGUAUGGGCGGAUACUUCACUUGUUGGCUGUGCAGUUGCUUACUUCAAAACUACCACAGGCGUUUUUGGACCAUCGUUUCCCUAUAAUAGAAUGUACGUGUGCAACUACGGACCGACUGGCAAUUGGAUCGGCUCUGCUGUUUAUAAGCAAGGAACAGCCGGUUCCGCCUGUCCCGCAGGUACUAUGAACAGCAACGGCUUGUGUGUGACUACUCUUCAGCCAGCAACUGUCGCGACAACCCUCAAUCCCGUUACGACUACUCUUAAACCCGCCAGCGUAUCUACACUGAAGCCAACCUCGCCUGGAUCAACUCUUACUCCUUCUCUUGGUACCAAUUACUGCAACAUUAGUACAUGCACCGUGCCAACCGAUAACACGCUCUGCAAAUAUUCGAACACUAGUUGGGGACCGGCUUGCCAACCGGCCUAUCCAGCAAGAUCGAACGUCAGCGCUGCAGAUGUCGUCACCAUUUUGGGAGCGCACAACGAUUACCGACGUAAAGUUGCGAAGGGACUUGAGACCCAAGGAAGUCCAGGUCCUCAACCCCCUACGUCCAACAUGAGAGAGUUGAAAUGGGAUCAGGAACUCGCUGUCAUGGCUGCAGCCCACGCCCAACAGUGUGUGUACAAACACGACACUUGCAGAAACGUUCCUCGUUUUCAAGUGGGUCAGAAUCUGUACAUUGGCGUGUCUCAAUCCGACAACCUUGGCACUUCCAACUGGAAUGCAGCCAUAACCUCUUGGUACAACGAGGUUAAAGACAUGAACACCACUUAUGUCCAAUCCAACCCAUCAAACCCACCAAAAGUAAUUGGACACUACACGCAAGCAGUAUGGGCGGAUACUUCCCUUGUUGGCUGUGCAGUUGCUUAUUUCCAAUCUACGGCCGUUUUUGGACCAGAAUUUCCCUAUAAUAGAAUGUACGUUUGCAACUACGGACCAACUGGCAAUUGGCUCGGCUCUCCGGUUUAUAAGCAAGGGACGGCCGGUUCCGCCUGCCCCACGGGAACCGCAAACAACGAUGGCUUGUGUGCUUGAGAAAGUGAUGUACCCAAGUGUUUUAUUAAUGGACCAUUUUCCCCCUUUAAAUCAUUUUUUCAACUUCAACUGAUGCACAAUUCAAGCAAAACAUUUGUUCGCUAGUUUUCGAUGAACUGUAUGCCUAAUAUGUAGCUAUUUGAAAACUUUGCUGAACUUAGCUUUUGAAGUUUUUAAAUAUUAUUAUUAACCAGCAUAUAAAAUCUGGGACCUACUAAUACAUAUAAUCUGCAAGCA